UCUUUGUGGUGUUUUAGUUUUGCUUAUAUAUAGAGAGAUAGAUAGAUAUACUUACAUACGCAAUUCACGUAAGCUCACAACCAACCCCGAGACUUGAAAGGAAGCAACCAAACACUCCUCCACCAAUAGAAUUUGUAAGUCGUCCAAUGGCAACAAUUACAUCAUUGAAAGGAAACCACAUAUGGCCGAGAAUAGCAAUGCAUCGGAGAACAAAUUUUGUUGGAAAACCAGCUGCUCUUGUUUUUGGCAAACGCCCUAUCCAAGCACGUGUCAAACUGCAUUUAGACGUGUCAACAGUUGUUUCAUUGAACGUAGACCACCAAGACGAAGUUGGUCGCCCUAAGACAAAUUUUGCACCUUGUAUGUGGGGAGAUACAUUUAGCUAUUGUACAAUAUUAUUGGAUAAUCAGGUUAUCGAGGAAAACAUCGAAGAGAUAAAGACUUUGAAAGAAGAAGUGUGGCACAGGAUAAUGAGUAGUGAAAAGGACAUUAUAGAGAAAAUGUCAUUGAUUGACACCCUUGAACGGCUUGGUAUUUCAUAUCAUUUUGAGGAGGAGAUUGAAGAUCAACUAAGCAAUAUGUUUGAUCUAAAUGUCAUCCAUGAAGAGGAUGAUCUAUAUAACGUUGCCUUAUAUUUUCGAUUGUUUAGACAACAUGGCUAUCCAAUCUCUUCUGAUCAUUUCAAUCAAUUUAAGGACAACAAUGGAAAAUUCAAGGAAGCUCUGCUUACAGAUGCGAAAGGUUUGCUAAGUCUAUAUGAAGCAGCAUAUGUGAGAAAACAUGGGGAUGACAUAUUAGAUGAGGCCCUUAUCUUUGCAAAAUCCCAUUUGGAGAGGAUAACACCUAUCUUAGAAUCAACUCUUGAGAAACAAGUGACACAUGCCCUUAUGCAACCUCUUCAUAAAGGUCUCCCAAGAAUUGAAGCACAUUUUAAUAUUUCAAUAUAUGAAGAAUGUGGAUCAAGAAACGAUAAGCUACUAAGAUUUGCCAAACUAGAUUACAAUUUAUUGCAACUGCUACAUAAGAAAGAGCUUAGUGAACUCACGCUGUGGUGGAAAGACUUGAAACUUGUGUCUGAGCUUCCAUAUAUUAGAGACAGAAUAGUGGAAUGCUUCUUAUGUGCCAUAGGCGUAUAUUUUGAACCUCAAUACUCUCAAGCUAGAAUUAUGCUUACAAAAUGCAUUGUCAUGCUUUCAGUACUUGAUGAUACGUAUGACUCAUAUGGUACUCUUGAUGAAUUGCUUUUGUUCACUAAAGCUGUGGAACGGUGGGAUUUAAGUGAAAUUGAUCGACUCCCAAGCUAUAUGAAAACGAUAUACAGUACUCUUCUCAAUCUUUUUAAAGAUUAUGAUAUUGAAGUAAAGGAGUUGAAUACAUUUAAUGGAGUUUGUUAUGUCAAAGAAGCGAAGGUGACCAUAGGUUCAAAUCAUGGAAACAGCCGCCGGCAGAAAUGUAGGAUGAAAGAAACCGUGAGGAGUUACUAUAUUGAAGCAAAAUGGUUCAUCAAAGGAAAUGUGCCAUUAUUUGAAGAGUACCUCAACAAUGCAUUGAUCACAGGAGCUUUUUACUUACUUGUACCAGCAUCACUAUUAGGCAUGAGAUCAACUUCAAAGGCAUCGUUUGAUUGGAUAUUGAAUAAACCAAAAAUCCUUUUGGCUUCUGCAAUUGUUGGUCGAGUUGUUGAUGACAUAGCUUCUUACAAGGUUGAGAAAGAAAGAGGACAACUUGUCACAGGAAUAGAAUGCUAUAUGAAGGAGCACAAUUUAUCAAUUGAAGAAGUGAAUGAAAAACUUUUUAAAUUAGUCGAGAAUGCAUGGAAGGCUUUAAACAAAGAGCUCAUCAAGCCUACUUCUAUGUCAGCUGAAGUACAGAUGCGUAUCGUCAACUUCACACGUAUACCCGAUGUUGUUUACAAGAAUAAUCAGGAUGGGUAUAGUGAUCCAAAAUAUAAUUUGAAACCAUUGGUUGAAUCCUUACUUGUCCAUCCAAUCCACAUGUAGGAUAAAAGUAUGAAUACAAGGGACUAUUAUAUUACCUUACUCAAAAAUUCUAUUGGCAUGUGUUUUGUACUUCAAUAUUUUAUUUAUCAAUUUAGUUCGGACA